CUGCUCAGCGCAAAGCCGCGAAGGCUGCUCGUCUGGCGAAGAAGCAGGAAAAAUCACGCUCCAAGCAAGUCACGCCCGAGCCGCGUCCGGCGCCUGCGAUACCCACCGAGGACGCGCCCGCUGUGAAUGGCCUACCGACGCCGUCAGGCAGCACCGAGAAGCCCUUGGAGGUACCGGAGGAAGACGUCGUGGAGGACCCGGCUGCCGCACCGCCUGUGGACAUUCCGCCAAACGCGACGCUAGUCGUGCCGCCCGCAGCCAACGGCAGUGCUCACGAGGUGGAGACGCUUCCGGCGCCUGUGUCUAAGUCAGAGCCCGAGGAGGAACCCGAGGCCUCCUCGAUAGCAACGUCGGCGACGACGACGGAAGCGCGGACCUCACCGGAGCCCGAAGCGACGGAAGAAAAGGUGACGGCACCGAGGGCAGGCGCGGUGGUGGUGCCCAAUGGCACGUCGCAUCCGCCGCCUCCUGUUACGAACGAGACCGAAAAGAAACGGAAGAAUAUCGUCCAACGGACGGUGUUUACCUUCCUCAUGAUCGGAGGGUUCAUCGGCUUGCUCCUACUCGGGCACAGCUAUAUGAUCAUGCUCGUGUUUUUCUGUCAGAUGCUCGUCUACCGCGAGGUGACUGCGCUCUUCGCGAUCCGGAAGACCGAUUCGGCGGAAGAACAAGGGAAAGGAAAAGAUCCAUGGAGCAAAACGCUGAAUUGGUACUUUUUUGCCGUUGCGAACUACUUCCUGUAUGGCGAGAGCAUCAUCUACUACUUCAAGCACAUCGUCUUCGUGGACGCGCAUCUGACGACGAUUGCGACCAAGCACCGGAUCAUCAGCUUUUCGCUGUACAUCAUGGGCUUUGUCGGCUUUGUGGCCUCGCUCAAGCGCGGGUACCUCAGAAAGCAGUUCGGCCUGUUCUGCUGGGUGCACAUGAGCCUGCUUCUGAUCGUGGUAUCGAGCCACUUCAUCGUGAACAACAUCCUCGAAGGCCUGAUCUGGUUCUGGGUGCCGGCCUCGCUCGUGAUCUGCAACGAUAUCUUCGCAUAUGUCUGCGGAAUGACGUUCGGGCGGACGCAGCUCAUCGCGCUCUCACCGAAGAAGACGGUUGAAGGCUUCGUCGGCGCGUUCUUCUGCACCGUCGCGUUUGGCCUCCUCUGGGGCUCGUACUUUAUGCGUUUCGACUAUAUGAUCUGUCCCGUGCACGAUCUUGGGGUUAGCGCGUGGAACUCGGUCGAAUGCAAGCCCAACUCGGUGUUCGUUUGGCGCGAGGCGCAGAUAUCGCCACCGCUCAGCACCUGGUUGUCUACGGCGGUCGGGCACCCGGUGACGGCGGUGCCGUGGACGCCGUACCAUUUCCAUCUGCUGUUCUUGUCGUGCUUCGCGUCGCUCGUCGCGCCAUUUGGCGGCUUCUUCGCGUCUGGGUUCAAGCGCGCGUUCAACAUCAAGGACUUUGGGCACAGCAUCCCUGGGCACGGCGGCAUGACGGACCGCAUGGACUGCCAGUUCCUGAUGGGCGUGUUCACGUACGUGUACUACAGCAGUCUCAUCAGGGAGAGCGGGGUGUCGGUCGGAAGCUUGCUGCAGAUGAUCGUCAGCGGGUUAACAGUCGAGGAGCAGCUCGAGCUGAUGGGCGACCUGAAGCGAUAUCUCGAGGGUCAGGGUAUCGAGGUGCGGAAGCUGUUGACUGAGGCUGCGUCGAGGCGGCGGUGAAGAAGAUAGAGGGAUUGGGAGGCAACACAACAAAAACUUGAUCGUAUUAUGCUAUCCGUGCUUGUGAGGUAUUAUAUCAUGCAUGACCUUCUAAUAAUAUGGCAUGGCAUCGCAGCAUGAGUGGAGGGAAUGCAUGAUCGCAUUGUUGAUGAUGACAAGGAUGAAUUUAUACAUGCGUAUCUGAUGCAAAAUGGGGAGGUCGCAUGGAAUGCUGCCGCGACGCAGUCAUGGGUAUUGUAUCGUCUAUGUGUAUCACGAAUGGUAUGUUUGACGGAACAACGCGCGGUCGGAAUCCUGCUUGCCAGAGGCAGGCUCGGACCAGCGGCGUCUACGUUCGCGGAGCUCCUGCUCGGCGCGGUCCCAGACGCUGCCUCCGCGGCGUGCGGCGGUCUCCCACUGGGCGACGACGGAGAGGGGCGCGUGCUCGGCGACGAGGCGGCGACGUGGCGCAGGCGCGGCCGGGGCCUUGGCGGUGCGAUUGAGGUCGUCAACGGCGGGACGCGCGUCGGCGGCGCGUCCGACGAGCUGGACGAGGACAACGCGGAGUGCUGGGCGCGCGUCCAGGAGGGCGUGCAGUGCGCCGGCGAGGUCGGGGGUGGAGGAGGCGGAGCGCAGGACGAGGGCGAGGUGGGUGAGCGAGGCGGGGAGGCUCGGGAGGAGGGCGAGCGUCUGGGUGGAGGCGUCCGGGAGGUGUAAGCGCAGGCGGGCGAGCCCCGGGGCGAGCGCGGAGGGAUGGAGGCUGCGGCAGGCGAGGCCGAGCAGGUGUUGCUCUUUUGUGUGCGGGGAGGGAGGCAGGGCUUGUAGCGGCGGAGUGGGCGAACGCGAGGGCGCUAUUUGGGCGGGAGUGAAACCGCACGCGAGAGAUUUGACGCUCGGACAGGCCGAGAUGACGUUCUGUAUGGUGCUCGCGGGACCGGGGGUGAAGAUGCCGAGGUGCUGCACGAGGGGCGCGAGAAGCGGAGAUGUCGAGAGGGCGGCGGCGAAGGACUUCAAGGAACGCGCGGACUCGAGGAGCACGGUGUGGUAGAGGAUGUGGAGAGUCCAGUGGCGCGACCAGGAGGAGACGAGGGCGAGGCUGAGCGACGUCCGCUUGUCGUCGGCAGCGGCGAGCUCGAAAAUGUCGCGCAGGAGCUCGGACGGGAAGUCGAAGAAACAUUGGCUCGAGGAGGUCGUGGUGGCGACGGCCAUGGAGGGCUAGCGUUCAGUAGCUGGGUGGAUGGUGGUGGUGGUGCAGCGUCAAGCUACACUGGGUCGAGAUAUGUAGAUGUGGAGCCAGAAGCACGGGUGGAUGGGUGCAACGGCGAGGUGGAAAGAAAAGGACCCUGGUUCGAGCGGCGCAUGGGGUGGCAGCGCCUUCCGAGUGGAGCGGCGCCGCU